CACUGACCAAACCCCUUAACAACGAAAUCAGCUACCGCUUCUACGGCAGUUUCCACCUUGAAUACAUCACACAGUACUGUACAGCCUUGACAGGGCUCUUGAUCGCACAAGCAUAAAGAUCGGGCGAAGGCGCGUAGGGCUUUUUGAAGAAGACAUGUCUGAGAAGGACCCCAAAACAUCUCAGGACCUGACUGUUGUGGUACAGACCUUACUGCAGCAGAUGCAGGACAAGUUCCAGACCAUGUCAGACCAGAUUAUUGGGCGAAUCGAUGAGAUGAGUACGCGAAUCGAUGACUUGGAGAAGAACAUCUCUGAUCUUAUGACUCAGGCAGGUGUGGAGGAGUUAGAGGAGGAGAUAAAAGUCACCGAGACCUCCGGAACAGCUUGAAGGCCACGACCGACACCAUCCUAGUAAGUACUGCCAAGGAACACACUGAGGACCUUCUACUGCAGUAUCAGAAUUUUUAAAUGAAAUGUGAAUUAAUCCUUUUUUAAGUAAUUCAUUAAAAAUGGUGCUUGCUUAUGCGUAUUACAUAAUAUAUUACAUAUUGUGAGGUUAAAACUAUAUUACUGGACAGAAUAUAAACAAAUUAAAACUUGUUUUUGUAUUUAUUCAUUGUAAUCACAGGGGAAAUCAUGUGAUUCCUGCAUGUUUUGCUGAUGAUUAAAAACUCAGUGAAAUGGC